CAAAGACCACUUGGCAAGUAACUUAGAAUAAUGAAAUAAGCGCCGAGUUGUUUCAAUUCCCAAAUUCGUUUUGUUUUGCUAGCCAUGGCAUCACUACCCCAAACGUGUGCCACAUUAGGAACUUGCAUAAGCUCAAAAAUUAAGAUCAGUGACGCACGACCAUGCAUUGCCCAAAUAAACAACAACAACAAGAACAAGAGUACUCGUUUGAAGGGUGCGUUGUUUCCAUUGACGUUGGUGGGAGAAAAGAGGCCCAAAAUAGGGUUACGAAACUGGAAAGUGGGGGCAGGGGAAAGUGGUGAAUUGGUGCCACGUUCGGUUAUAGAGAGCGUUGUGAAAGAUUUCCACCGUGCCUUGAAUGAUAAAAACAUUGAGGAAUUGCAACAGUUGAUUUCAGAUGAUUGUGAAUACCAGGACUACCUCUUCUACAGUCCCUACAAAGGCCAGGAGAAUGUGAUAAAGUUCUUGCAGAGCGUGAUGGAAGCGAUGGGUCCAAAUGUAAAAAUUGCUGUGCGAGAUAUCAAUGUGGAAGAUGUCAACGUGAAAGAUGUGAGAGAGGCCAAACUCAUGGCUACAGUGUUUUGGCACUUGGAGUGGGGAAACGACAAAAAGAAGCUACCCUUCUCAAAAGGAUGCAGAUUCUUUUGGUUUGAAGAAGUUGAAGGAAGAUUGGUUAUUAGCAAGAUAACGGGCUUGGAGGAACUUCCAAUAAAACCGGGUGAACUAGUACUGAAUGCCUUGAAAGCAAUUAGUACAUUUUUGGACAGCUAUCCACCCAUGGCUUCAGCGUUGCUUAACUAUCCUGCCUUUCGCGAUGAUUGAUGACACACAUGCGUGAUUGGGUCGGUGAAGUCCAUCACAUGCUUUUAACACUUCAAAUGUCCUAUUUAUGAAGAAACAAUAUUUAUUUUUAAAAUUUGAAUUUUUUUAUUGUAUUUUUGGUAUUGUAUUGUAUCUUUAAAAUAUUACUUUUAAUAUUUUUAAAUAUAUUUUAAAGACACCAUGUAUGUGUCUUCUUUCUCAA